AUGUUAAGAAGCACCUUUCUGAUGAAUGCAGUGGGUAGAUAUACAAGCUUCUUAGUUGCAAAAGCAGCUAUCAAGCAUGCCAAGGCACUUGUUCCAACAAUAUCAAAAGCUUCGGUUAGAUAUGUGUCAAACAAACCCACUAUUGACCCUUGGUUCCAAUAUGGGGUUUUUCCACGUGCCGAAGAAGAUCCACCUGUUGAGGCCGUGGUCAAGAGGAAGGUAGGUAGACCUAGGAAAAUUCCAUUAGAGGAAGAACCUCAACAACCCAAGCCGUCGCCAGAUCCGGUUGAUGUCGCUGUCAUGAUUUCACAAGAGGGCGAGACAUUUGGGGUCAAUCUAAUUGGUUUGACAAAAGCUACUUCCGUUAGGAGAGGUUCUAUAGAGAUUACUAUAAAACAACUCUCAGCAACGACCGAACAAGGUUUAACAAUAGACAAGAUGAUUUCUCCUCCUGAGACCGUGGUCAAGAGGAAAGUAGGCAGACCGAGGAAAAUUCCGUUAGCGGAAGAACCUCAACAACCCAAGGCGUCGCCAGAUCCUGUUGAUGUCGCUGUCACAAUUUCACAAGAGGGCGAGUCAUUUACGGUCAAUCUAAUUGGUUUGACAAAAGCUACUUCCGUUAGGAAAGGUUCUAUAGAGAUUACUAUAAAACAACUCCAAGAAUAA